AUGUGGACCUACAGAAGUGGACCUACAGAAGUGGACCUACAGAAGUGGACCUACAGAAGUGGACCUACAGAAGUGGACCUACAGAAGUGGACCUACAGAAGUGGACCUACAGAAGUGGACCUACAGAAGUGGACCUACAGAAGUGGACCUAAUGAAGUGGACCUACAGAAGUGGACCUACAGAUGUGGACCUACAGAAGUGGACCUACAGAAGUGGACCUACAGAAGUGGACCUACAGAAGUGGACCUAAUGAAGUGGACCUACAGAAGUGGACCUACAGAAGUGGACCUACAGAAGUGGACCUACAGAAGUGGACCUAAUGAAGUGGACCUACAGAAGUGGACCUACAGAAGUGGACCUACAGAAGUGGACCUACAGAAGUGGACCUAA